CAGCAGGGACUUCAUCUGGGGAGAUGAGGAGAACCACCCAAAGUUCCAUCUCAUUGCUUGGGAGAGACUUUUGAUGCCUAAAGCACAAGGGGGAGUGGGACUCAAAUCAACUCGACAGGCUAACCUGGCUAUGCUUGCCAAGUGCGGAUGGCAUCUUCUUCAGGAAAAAGAGAAUGUUUGGCAGAAGCUCCUCCUUUCGAAGUAUGGCGGCCAAAGAUCCGGACUAGAGGUCUUGCGGAAAAAACAGGAAAGUUCCUUCACCUGGAAUAGCUUUGUGAAAGCUGCUGAUCUCCUUAAGCAAGGAUGUGCGUGGAAUAUUAGCAAUGGAAAAAGAACUAAAUUUUGGAAUGAUUUAUGGGUUUUGCAGGUGCCUCUUAAGGAGCUGGCAACUAGUGCAUUACCGGAGGCCGCGGAGGAAGCUAGAGUAGCUGAUUUUGUUCGUGAAGAUGGCAGCUGGCGCAUGGAAAUGUUCUCCGGGCUCCUCCCUCCGGACGUCUGCAUCAAGAUUACAAGUGUAGCUGUUGACAACCUGUCUCAAAAUGAGGAUUCUCUUUUUUGGGCUCCGUCUGCCGACGGCAGAUUCUCUACGAAGUCGGCGUAUGCUUUGCUCGCUAAGCAUGAUCAACAGGCUGAUGACGCGAUCUGGAGGACGAUAUGGCGACUACCUGUUCCGGAGCGGGUUCGAGGCUUUUGUUGGCUGGCAGUUCAGGGGAGGAUUGCUACGAAUGCCCUCGGUUUUCAGAGGAAAGUGGUAACGUCACCUUGUUGUAUGCGUUGUACAGGCCACCCGGAGACGGUGUUACACAUAGUGCGAGAUUGUGCGCCUGCACUUUUCUUCUGGUCCAGGCUUGUUCCGCAGCAAAAGCAGCAUGAGUUCUUCAAUGCUGACCAUGAUGCUUGGUUUCGCAGUAACUUGUUCAGCAAAGAGUCCACCAGUUCGGGCAUUAGUUGGCCGGGAUUCUUCAGCAUGGUCAUUUGGCUGUUAUGGAAAAAUCGAACAACCGUUGCUUUCAAAGGGGUAAGUGCGGCUCUUUCAGCUCCAUCUCUUAUGCACUCCAUCCUAACCAAGAGUAAACUGUGGAAUGAUUCUUGGCAUGCUCCGGAGCUCUUCAUCAACCAUAAGAAGCAACAAUCUGAUCGAGUUGUGGCAGCUAUUGGAUGGAAGCCACCAACGGAGGGCUGGGUUUUGGUCAACACAGAUGGUGCCUCGAAUGGCAAUCCAGGCCCGGCAGGUGCUGGGGGAAUCAUUCGAGACUCGCUGGGCAACUGGCUGGGUGACUUCGUUGCCAAUGUGGGUACGACCUCGGCUGACUUAGCGGAACUUUGGGCUAUACUUUAUGGUUUGCAGUUGGCCUGGCAACUCAGCUUUCGAGUGGUGAGGCUUGAGUCAGGUUCACAGUUGGCUAUUCAGUUAAUUCAGGAGAGACAUGACCCCAUCCAUCCUUAUGCAACCCUUCUGAGCCUUAUUCGUAGAAAGAUUGGUCAGGAUUGAUUGAUUAGUCUGGCUCAUACGUACCGAGAAGGGAAUAGAGUCACGGAAUGGCUCUCGAAGCACAGUCUCGUCUAUCCCUACGGUAUGCAUGAGCUGGCUAAUCCCCCAUCAGGUGUUAUUUCGAUUUUGCAAAAUGACAUUAGAGGUGUUACUUUUGAGAGCCGAGUUGUGGCUAGCUCUUCUUCUUCCAUCUAAUCUCUCCCUGUAACUCUUCUUGUUCUUGGCUGCUGCCUCCUGGCUAUGCAAAAAAAAAACAUAAAAUUCACGAUGCAAUAAAUAGCAACAGAAUAG